AUAAACAAGAUGUCAUCAACAUAUGCCGCGUUCACACACUAGACGGAACUAGGAAACUCGGAAAUGUCCGACCUGCUUACUGGUUGAAGUUAUACACGUGCCGCGGUCAACGACUUAGCAAAAUGGAAAUUUCCGAGUUUCCUAGUUCGGACAAGUGUAUGAACGCAGCAAUAACCACGGAUCGGGGAAUUUUAACGUAGUCUACUGUCAACCUCAACAAGAGGAAAUUGUAUUUUGGACAUGAAGUUAGCUAGUUAAUGUCAAAUUGAUUAAUUUGUAAGUUGAGUGAAAUGUCUUUGCUCAAAUUUUAACCAGAUUGGUUCGGUGAAUUUCAUAAUCACCAGCUAGCUAACUAGCUAGUUGCUAAUGCUAGCUAGUUAGCAACCUCUGCCGAGUACGGAAAKAUCAGACAGACUCUGGGACAGGUUGUUGACAGAGCUAAAGUGUGGUGGAAAUCAGUGUCAAGCCUAUUAGGCCUAACUUCACAAGUCUUGUGUGUGAGACACCUCCAACAUUAACAUUCCAAUGCCUCUGCUAUUCCUGGAGAGGUUUCCCUGGCCCAGUCUGCAGACCUACACAGCGCUGAGUGUGGUUCUGCUGGCUGGAAGCAUCUUCAGCGCCUACACUACUGUGACUGAACAGGGGUUCGGGGUUCCAGACAUGGACGAGCCUCCACCACCUGCACCCUUAGAAGGGGAUAAUAGAGGCGGCCUAGGCCUAGAACAUGUGACUAGCAAUGAUGUUGUGGGUGCAGAUACAGAAUUGGCGACCACUGUUAUGUGGUACCUGGUCACUGACAGUCUCUUUGUAUGGGUGUUGGUGAAUACAGCUUGCUGUUCUCUGAUGUUAAUUGCUAAGAUGAUCCAGUACAUGGUUUUUGGGCCCCUCCGAGUCAGUGAGAAGCAGCACCUUAAGGACAAGUUCUGGAACUUCAUCUUCUAUAAGUUCAUCUUUAUCUUCGGGGUACUGAACGUUCAGAUGGUGGAGGAGGUGGUCAUGUGGUGUCUGUGGUUCUCUGCCCUGGUCUUCCUCCACCUCAUGGUCCAGCUGUGCAAGGACCGCUUUGAAUACCUGUCCUUCUCCCCCACUACUUCUAUGAACAGCCAUGUGCGUGUCCUUACCCUACUGGUGUCCCUGCUGCUGGGCUGCUGUGGUCUUGCUGUGGUCUGUGGUCUGCUGGGCGCUGCACAUGGCAUGCACACCCUCUCCUUCAUGGCUGCCGAGUGUCUGCUGGUCACUGUGCGAACUGGACAUGUCAUCAUGAGGUACACCAUUCACCUGUGGGAUCUGAACCACCCAGGCACCUGGGAGAGUAAGGGCUCCUACAUCUACUACACUGACUUCAUCAUGGAGCUGUCUAUGCUAUCCCUGGACCUUAUGCACCACAUCCACAUGCUGCUCUUUGGUAAUAUCUGGCUGUCCAUGGCCAGUCUGGUGAUCUUCAUGCAGCUGAGGUAUCUGUUCCAUGAGGUGCAGCGCCGCAUCCGACGCCACAAGAACUACCUCCGUGUCAUCAACAACAUGGAGGCCAGGUUUGCAGUGGCCACAGCCGAGGAYCUGGUAGCCAACAAUGAUGACUGUGCCAUCUGCUGGGACACCAUGCAGACAGCACGUAAACUGCCCUGCGGACACCUCUUCCACAAUUCCUGCCUGCGGUCGUGGCUGGAGCAGGACACGUCGUGUCCAACAUGCAGGAUGUCCCUGAACAUCAGUGGUGAUGGAGGCCCGGCCAGAGGCCAGCAGCAGGGGGCUGGCCUCCCACUGGAGAACAACCUGYGCCCUGGGGGCCCCGCUGCAGACGCCAGACCACACCUCAACCAACACAAUCACUUCUUCCACUUUGAUGGCUCCCGCAUCGCCAGCUGGCUGCCUAGUUUCUCAGUAGAGGUGAUGCACACCACUAACAUCCUGGCUAUCGCUCAGCAGGCCAACAACUCUCAGCUCAACACCAUGGCCCAUCAGAUCCAGGAGAUGUUUCCUCAGGUUCCCUACCACUUGGUGCUGCAGGACCUGCAGUUGACCCGCUCUGUGGAGGUCACCACCGACAACAUCCUGGAGGGWCGCAUCGUSGUGCCCUUCCCUGCUCUGGCGGCUGAGCGUUCCCCCGUGCAGGUGAACCCAGGCCCAGAGGGGGCAGGAGCCAGUGGGGGGGUGGAGACUGCUCCCAGCGAGCUGAACAACCUGGAGGUCAGAGGGAGCCGCUUCUCCAAGUCUGCAGAGGAGAGACAGAAGAUGCUGCUGCAGAGGAAGGAUGAGCUGCUGCAACAGGCACGCAGGAGAUACUUGAGAAAGAGCCCAGAGGACGAGGAGGACCUGCCCACUCUGGAGGAAGACGCCCCUGUCUCAGACAUGACCAUGCUGAGACGCAGGACCAUGGCAGCAGCUGCAGAGAGACGCAUGCAGAGCCAACCAGACCCUGCUCCCUGAGACUAUACUGGACUGUAAACUCCCACCUGGACAGUCUCACCUCGAACCCACACCUAAUGCCCUUGGAGUGUCCACAAACUCCUCACGUCCCACCUAAGAGACCUCCACCGAAAGAGCUCUCUACGUUAUAUGAUCAAUGGAAUUACCUAAAUAAAAGCAUUACAUUACAAAGUGUUACAAGAAGCAUGGGCUUUGGCUGCACAUGGCACAGGGGCUCUGCUGUUUUAGGCUGCUCUAGUGAGAUAUGAGAACUGGGCCUUGGGAAUGGUACCAGCCUCCCCUGAACUUUCACCAGGCACCAGAGGCUUAAUUGGACAUGGAUCACCAGCGUUUUAAAGGAGUGGUGGGUGUCUGUCUGUUGAGUUUCUGAAGUGCACUGUAAAACGCCACCUCGCACACCUGUCAUCACAUAGCUCUAGCCCCCAGCUUCACUAGACUUACCUGUCAUUCUCUUUACUGGCCAUGAUGGAGAAGGAAAYAGCAUGGUGUCACAGUCCGAGGAUGCUGCUGAGGUUAGUUAGGGUUUGUUAAGGUGCUGUUGCUACAUACAGCUUAUAGUGUAAUGGAGUGGGACAUAGUUUGUAUUGGUUUUAUUCAACAACAAAAAUAUUUGUGUUGUAAUGGGCUGAGAUUGAUAUUGAUAUCAUGGGUUGGGUUGAUAACAAACUGAUGUUAUUUUAUAAAAAUGGAGUGAAAACUGUGAAUUAAGAGUAGGUUUAAUAGAUUAUAACAUUGUGAAGCUUUUUAUCUUUUAAGAGAAUGUCACUUUAGUAUUACAGCCUCUUCGAAAUAUGAAUGUACUUUAUCCACAUAAUGCUGCAGAGAGAGAGUACAAGAGUUUAAAUUCUGGCCGUUGUGGAGACCUGGUUGUUAAUGUGUUAAAUGUCAAAUAUCCACCCAAGAAAGAACACUAUCUAAAUAGGAAGACGGAAUAGUUUUGUAUCCAGACAGACAGUAAAACUCACCAGUACAGAGUUAUAGAAUAGUGGAUCCCUGACCUCUAGGUCAACCAGUGGUUUCUAUCUGCAGUCUGUAUACCUCUAAAACUUCCCAAAGUAUACCUACACUGUAUUAAACAUCCAUUGAUAGAGGUACAGAAGACUGUAUGGGCUCAGAGGAGUUGGGUUUGAAUACUGAUGAACCUAUCUGAUUCACUCACA